GAUUAUGUGCCAACAGUGUUUGACAAUUUUAGCGCAAAUGUGGUUGUUGAUGGUAACUCUGUUAACCUAGGUUUAUGGGAUACUGCAGGCCAGGAGGAUUACAAUAGAUUAAGACCACUGAGCUACCGUGGAGCUGAUGUUUUUAUCCUGGCAUUUUCCCUAAUCAGCAAGGCCAGUUAUGAGAACAUUUCCAAGAAGUGGAUUCCUGAACUUAGGCACUAUGCCCCUACUGUUCCUGUAAUACUUGUUGGAACAAAAUUAGGUAAAGUUCUCAUUGAUAAACUUGCUUG